AUAAAUGCUGGUUUUUACUGACAUGUCUCAAGGAACGCAUGUAUUAUAUUUUACUGAUCCGCGUUCGAUGAGGUAAAGGCACAGUAAAAUUUGCAGUUAUUAUUUCCGGCCUACAAAAAUCUUCUUGCUUUCAGAGGACUGUCUGAAAAGUUAUAUUGGUAUCUCUUUGGUUUAACGGCUAUGAAACAUGUAGAAUUACAUCACUAUUGUGAAGCAACAGUGACGACUUGAAUACAAUUUAUAAAUUAAAAGUGGAUUGUGACUGCCAUUUUUACUAAAGUUCUUAAGAAAAUACUUAAAAGCAGGAAACAAUAAACUGUAUACGUGUAUACGUGUAUGAACUGAUUCAAAUUGUAACUGUCAAAAGUGUGUUCGGCGAAAUCAGUAUCAGUAAAAAUUUGUAUUGAGAAAGCGCAAUUUUGACAUUACGUACUAUUUGCUGGCUAAUUUGUACUGAAUCCUGUUCAGUGAAAAUUCGGAAAGUUGAGAGGCUAAAAAAUUUUUCUAUUUCGUUAGUGGCUUAUUCUUACCGACAUUUCUCACCAAACACAGCUCUUGCAAGCGAAGGCGAAUCCAGACAUUUCAAUUAUGUUGUUGAUUUUGCAUUUGUACACCAGCUGUCACCUGUAAUAAAUUCGCCUUGUGAAUUUCAAUACAAGUAUUAACUCCGGUAUGUCUAAUUGUGAAAAAUUAAUGCAAACAAAUUAGUUUGUUUUAAUAAAUGUAUUUAUUAUAUUAAUUUGAUCUAAGGUAUAAACAUACUUUAGAUUAAUAUGUGCAAUCAGGGUAAAUUUAAGUAUUUUUAAGUUAGAAUCUGCAAGUAUCUUCUACUAAAGAAGGGUGCAGGAAUACUUAAAAUAAAAACAAACGGGGAACGCCUACUGAACUGUAGGUACAAAAAUUUGGGCGUAGAUCGCAUUAAGGAAACCGAUAGCGCAAAAUUAAAUUGAGGGUACAAAGCAAAAUGGCUGCAGCCUUAAAUGACACGCCCACGCCGCAAGAGAUGACGUCAUUGCCAUCACAGCAGGUGCUACCAAAUGGAUAUCAACCAGAAAUAAAAAAUGAACCACCAGAAGACAUUGAUGAUACUUCUGUUGCUGUGCCCAUUGGGAACUCAACCCUGAGCAAUAUUCAAAAGAAUUGCCCUAUAAUACGGCUCACCCCAACAAAUAAACUGAUGCCGAUAUCAAAUGCAGUGGACCCGAAGCGAAAAUUUGUUUGCCCGUAUAAUAAUUGUACAAAGAGCUAUGGAAAGAGUUCACACCUACGCUCUCAUUUAACAUGGCACACUGGCAUUAAACCUUUCGUUUGUUCGGAACUAAACUGUGGUAAGGGAUUUACUAGAUCCGAUGAGCUUAAUCGCCACGUGAGAACACAUACAGGAGAAAAACCAUUCGAAUGCAUACAGUGUACAAAAAAAUUUUCGCGAAGUGAUCAUCUCACUAAACAUCUUGCAACUCAUGCUAAGCAAAUGCUGAAUGGUGGAAAUGAUUCUAAAAAUUCAAGAAAAGAUGAAAAGCGGCUUAAAAAAGGCAGCAAUUUAAACGGAUUAACCAAACACGAGUUUGGUGAACCCAGUAAAGCGGAACAAUACCUGGGCAGCAUGCAUUUUAUGUCAGCUUUGGUUGAAGGUUGCAGCAAGACGGAAUUUGUAGACCCUGGAACAGAACCCAAAUUACUGUCUGAAAAUCUUACUGCUGAAGCCUUGCCAGACCAUAAACCAAUCAAAAUAAAAUUAGAACGCCCUGAAAAUAGCGAGGAGUAUCAUAUAGUCCACACAAAAGCUCCUGAAGAAAAAGAAGGAAUCUUUAAUAAAAGGUCUCCUAAAAUUUCGGAGCCUGAAACUAAUAUGCAAGUUUCUUUAUCGAACAAUAAGAACUUAAAUGAGGUAACAAGCGGUGGGUUUAUGGGUUGGCCUGAGCUUGAGAAAAAUGCGCUGGGGGAUUUAUUUGAUCCACAUCGUCCUUGUCGUUGUAGCAUAUGUCACAAAUCUUUCAGACGCCAGGAUGAGCUCAAUCGUCAUCUUCGGACACACAGUGGAGAGAAACCUUUUGUGUGCACUGUAUGUGAACGGCGGUUUAAGCGUAGUGACCAUCUGAAAAAUCAUCUCAAAACUCAUACUAAUUUACGGUAGUCAUGUAAAAAAAAUGUAAAAAUAUUAGACUUAAGAUAAUCUAAUUUAGUUAAAGUUUAAAGGAAUAUAUUAUGUUAUCCUUUUAAGUAUUAAAAUUGUACAAUAUAUUUGAAUAAAUCAGGGUAUUUUAAGCAUAUUCAAUGGUAUCUCGUCUUAUCAUACAUAUAUUACGUUACAUAAGAUGGGAAACCUGACGACAC